CCUCGUCACCUGUUUCAAUUUGAAUAAUUUGAAUCAAAUUGUGUGCAACUGUUAAAGAAAUAGGAACGUUACUGAGCUGUUCUGUUUUAGUCUGCAAGAAUAUUUUAUUGCACGUGGUUUAAGAUCUUCUGAACUUCCUAGAAGAGAAUCCAAAGAAAAAAAAUGGAACACAGCGUAGAGAAUUGUCCGAUCAAAAAAGAAAUGGAUAAAUUGGAGAAAGAUUAUAGUGAAUUGCAAGCAAAUUUGCAGUUGUCGGCUGUAUAUGGCAAAAGCUUGCUGGAAGAAAAUAACACUCUUAAACAUCAGAUAAAAAGCAUACAGUCACUUCAAGAAGCAUCUGUUCAAGAAAAUCAUAAUCUAAGAAUGCAACUUGAAGUGUCCCAAAAGUUGACGAGUUCUCAAAACGCAGACAUGGAAUCUUUAAAGGAAUCACUUCAGAUAAGUGAAGAACUUAACAAGCAACUUAAAGCAUUGGAUGAAGAACAGCACAGAAAGGAGUCAACUCUUGUUUCUCAGAUGGCUAACAUUAAAGAUCAAGAAGAGGCUCAUAAAGAACAGUAUGAACAUCGAAUCAAAGAACUUCAAGCAGAGAACCAACAACUAAAAUCUGCUGAGCGAGUCCCUCUGGUAGUAAGCUGCAAUCAUGAAGAGGAAAUUUCUCAAUUGCAAAUGGAUCUUGAGUUAACUAAUCAAAGCAAGAAUAAAGUGGAAGAAGAGUUGAUUUCUAAACAGAGUGAGAUGCAGCAAUUCCAAUAUGUGGAAAGUCAAUUGAACAAGAAAGUUUCAGAAUUUGAAUAUGAAUUAUUAACCAAAGAAAAAGCACUAGCAUCAUCUGAAAAACUUUUAGAGGAGAAACGCAUUGAAAUUUUAGAACUCCAAGCAUUGCUUGAAGCCGAACGAGUAUCACAAACCAACCCAGAAAAGCGCGGCAAUUCGAUUUUUAGCGAAGUGGAGGAUCGUCGACAGCAAGUCGAACGUCAAUUGGCCAAAUUAACAACGCUUUUAGACAAGGAAAGGAGGAAAAAUCAGGAUUUGCAAGCGGAAAUCGUCAAAGUAAAGAACCAAAUGGCCUUUCUAGCGUGUGCUGGGAACAAUGCUGAGCCUAGUAAAAGCGUUGAACAGCUGGAAAAUCUACUGCGAUCUACUACUUCCCAAAACAAGGAUUUGUUGAAGAAAAUUGAAGAUUUAGAGAGGAAAGUCCAGUCUUCUUGUCAACCUGUUCCUCAAUUAGAAGAUUCUAAGAAGUGGAUGCAAGCCAUGCUCUCCCAGAAACAAGAAGAAAUUGAUAAGCUGCGAGCCGAAAUCCGUGAUCAUAUCCGUUCAUACUUAUGCCAAACUGACCAAAUGAUGCAACUUACCAAACGAUUGACGGAAGCGGAAAAGAAUUUGCAGCGAGCACGAGGUGAAGUGUUCAGACUUAAACUGAAAAUCGAAGAAAUGCAGAGCAACGAAAUUGCUCCGAGCACCGCUUCGCCUAGUUACACUGUCCCCCCGAUUCUUGUGAAGGAGAAUCUUAAAUUUCUCAUGGAGAAAAAAGAAAUUGUCAGCCAACCAGAGAAGCCGCUCAGAGAGCGAGUGGUCCUCGAAAACCAACUUGAGCAGAACACAUUGAAUUCGUCGUCUGGUGUUGAUGAAACGACUGUUGACAAAGAAAAAGAUGGCUCUGAAACGUUGGAUAUUCCCAUCAAAUUUUCUUAUGACGAACCAGCUGAGACACUAAAUAAUGUGGAGGCACCACAGUGUGCUCUUAAGCGCCAAGUGCGUAUGAAUAAUGAAGUCCACGUCAUGUAUGAAGAUGGCGACACAACUCUGGAAAAUCUCGCCGAAGAUAAGUUCACCGCUGGCGUCAAGACGUCUGAGAAACCGGUCGGCAAGCCAGUUGAGGUAGUGGACGUAUCGACAGCUGCACCAGCCAUGGAAUGCAAUCAGCAAUAAAUCAUCUAGGUAUAUGCCAAUCAAUAUCUUAUUUCCCAGAAGCCGCCAUUUGUAUUAAAAACCUUUGGGUAUUGUAACGAACGAUUAAAGCAAAAAAAAAAAAAAUACCGUGCCAAA